CCCUCCCCCGCCGGCCACCCCCAUCGCCCGCGCCGCCGGCGACCGUCGCGCUCCCUCCCGCCCUUCCCCAUCCUGAACCCGUGGCGCUGCUAUGCGGAGAAGAGAGUUCUAGCUGCCGUCGUCCAGUGGGCUCGGCGGGGGCAGCGCUCCUCGAGGCCGAGGGCGGGGAGGCGCCGGCGCCGCAUGCCAAGGGUUAAGGCUGUCACGGUGCUCCAGGCAGCGUCCCGCCGGUCGGCGACGGCGCCGCGGCGACCAACCGGCUCCUGGGGCGGUUUUUCCUCUUGAGCGGUAAGACACUCACGCAGUUGACUUAUUGAUGGAGCUAGCUGGGUAGUGGGUAGAAAUGGAUAGCAGUCAAGAUUUCCAAGAAGAGAGGCAUCAGAGAAGGGAGAAUGGUGAAGAGACAGAAAAGGCAGCUGAUUAUGGAAAUGCUUUGAGUCGCAAGGAGGCAACAGAAGAGCUCCUUGGUUGUGUAGUCCAUAGUGAGGAAGAGGCAUACAGAUUGUACUGUGACUAUGGCCAUCGAAUCGGUUUUAGUGUGCGGAAGGGCAAGCAGUCGUACUUUAUUGGUACCAAGAAUAUUCGAACAAAGGACUACUACUGCUCAAAGGAAGGGCUUAAGUAUGAUGAGCCUGUUACAGAAGCAAAUUUCAAUCGACCAGACACAAGAACUAAUUGCAAAGCAAUGAUCCGCUUUAGAGUUGACGAGAAGGGGCGAUGGACCGUUAUACGCUUUGUUCCUGUGCAUAAUCACCAAUUGGCUAAACCUGGGGAAAGGCACAUGCUGAGGUCAGCCAAGUCGCUAGCUGUUGGCAAAUCAGGUGUCAUAGUUCCAUCAGCAUCUACAGAAUCACACCCUAUAAAUGGUUUCUCUGACAUGAUUGAAGGUUGUACACCUGAGAAUUCAGGGUAUACUAUAAGGGAGUGUUACAAUCAAGUGGGCAUGCAGGGUAUAACAGUAAUUGAAGCAGGAGACGGCCAAAACCUUGUCAGUUAUUUCAAGCGUAGAACCAACGAGGAAGGCAUGUUCUAUUGGGAUGUCCAAGUUGAUCAAGAAGGGCGCAUGACUAACUUCUUCUACAGAGAUGGUAAAUGUAGAAAUGAUUAUGACUGCUUUGGGGAUGCUAUUAUAUUUGAUACAACCUACCGCACAAAUAAAUAUAGCUUGAUAUGUGCUCCAUUUGUUGGUGUUGAUCACCAUUGGCAGAACGUUGUUUUUGGCUGUGCAUUCUUGUUAGAUGAAUCUGUAGCUUCCUAUGUCUGGGUAUUUAAAUCGUUCUUGGAGUCAAUGGGAGGCCAGUCACCAAAAUCAAUAUUCACUGAUCAGGAUGAAGCUAUUAUGCAGGCAAUUGAGCAGGUGUUCCCUAACACACAACAUUGCUUUUCCUACUGGCAUAUUCUGAAGAAUGCACAAUCUCAUUUAGGCUCACUAAAUACAUCGCAAGCAUUUCAAACUUUGUUUACCAAGUGUAUGCAAGGAUCUGACUCAGAAGAGGAUUUUGAGGAAUCAUGGACUGCAAUGCUUCGUGAAUACAAACUACAGGAUAAUAGCUGGCUGAUUGACCUUCAUAGGUUCCGCCAUAAAUGGUGCUCAGCAUUUAACAAAGAUACAUUUGAUGGUGGGAUUAAUUCUUCUCAGUGGGGGGAGGUUUCAAAUAAUAUUCUCAGCGGAAUUUCUGAUGAAAACACCUCUCUUACACGUUUUGCCCUCUUACUAGAAAAGGUUGUCAAGCAUCUACGUAGAAAUGAAUCUGAAGAGGAUUUUCGCUGUAGCCAAACUGCUCCAGUACGAGCAGUUAAGCAUAGUACAGUCCUGAAGCAGGCUGCAGAAUCAUAUACACAUCGGAUCUACAAAUUAUUUGAGGCAGAAUUUCUGGAUGGAUGUGGAGCAACUUCAUGCCAUGAAACUUCAAGUGGUGGAAAUUUAUUGAGGUUUGAAAUUACAAUGCAGGGGCGAGGUUCAAAAGUAUGGCCUGUUGCUCUUGACACUUCCACCAUGGAGAUCACUUGCGCUUGCAGAAAAUUUGAAAGGAUGGGUCUUCUUUGUUCACAUGCCCUCAAAGUCUUCACCCUGCAGAAUGUGGACACAAUUCCAGAAAAAUAUGUUUUGCAACGCUGGACAAAAGAUGCCAGGAGAAGCAUGUAUAAACUUACUCAAGAUGAUUCAACCCAACAGGAAUGCACAGAGGCUGAACUUGCAUAUCGCAAUCGGGCAAUGCAGUACUCAUAUAACCUAAUUAUUAAGAGCCAGGAAUUGGAGGAAUCAAGAAAAAUAUUCUGGGACUCCCUUGAAACUGGAGAGAAGGCACUGGAAGUAUUCUUUGAAAUGAGAAGCAUGCGCAGUCAAGCUGCCAAAGAUGCUAGUAAUAAAGAGAAAAAGAAGAAAAAACCAACAAAAGGACCAAGCUCAAAAAAAGCAAAACAAGCCCCAGCAGCUUCCUCAACUGACCUGGAGCUAGGUGUCCAAACUAAUGAGCAUCAAUAUCAAUCUUCACAAGAUGCUCAGGGUAAUGCAACAAUUGGAAGGCCAUAUUAUUAUCAGCAGGCUUUUCCAACUGCCCCUAUCCAAGCAAACCAGAUGUAUAUGCAUCCGAAUAUGCACACAAUGCCCCUGUGCACGCCACAGGUAUUAAUUGACAGACUGGACUCAACGUAUUUCUCUUACCUUGCAAAGAUCAACGCAAGAUCAUGUGAUAUGUCGGUGAUGAGGGGCACUGCAGUGCUACAGUAACUUCGUGAGCACUCCUUGUCACCUUUCUAACUCCUCCAUAAUAGUAGCUCAUUUUCGAGCUAUUAUGGUUCCCAUGGUUCAAAUCCUUGAUAGUUGGAUGACAGCCCCAAAGCGAUCUUUGUUGUGCGAGAGAGAACAGUGAGGAUGAAAUGGGGGAGUUGGGCACAUGAUUUCUAAAGGUGAAGGCAAGGAACCUUUGGUAUGACUUGGUAGCACCUUUCUAACUCCAUGAUAGCUCAUUUUCGAGCUGUUAUGGUUCCCAUGGUUCAAAUCCUUGAUAGUUGGAUGACAGCCCCAAAGCGUGCUUUGUUGUGCGGGAGAGAACAGUGAGGAUGAAAUGGGGGAGUUGGGCAAACGAUUUCUGAAGGUGAAGGCAAGGAACCUUUGGUAUGACUUGAAGUGGACGAGUUCACCAUAUAUAUGGGUCUCAUGGGCAGUAGCAACAGGCGAGUCUUCCCUGACGUCCACCCUUGACACUGACGCGUGGGACCAGGCCCACACAUUAGUGACCCAACGUCGGGGGGACGGACGUCUGAGGAACCGUUUCCGUAGCAACACCCUUCACAGAAAGUCAGAAACACAAUUGUGGUGGGAAAUAUGCAACCUCAGACAUUGUAGACACUGAGCUCUUAUCUGCUGAACCAAGUUGGUGUCUAUUGAAUAUCGUCACAUGCUAUUUUGUCCUUCACAAAUGGAAAAGGCCUACAGAAUUUUGCCAAAAAGAAUCUUUACCCCCGACUAUUUCUGUUAUUCGGCUUUUGAGCUGAUAACAACACGUCUACACCAGAUCUUAAGCUGCAAUGUUGAACUUGUGGCCCAUGCAGAAUAUGCAUGGCUUGGUAAAUCGGUUCAGGGACCUUCUUUAGAAAGUAAUACUAUUGAUGUCAUUGAAAGUUUAAUGCACGAUGCACUGUUUGCAAGACCUUGAGAGACAACAGAAGCACAGAAAGAUGCAGACAAUACAAUCUGUAGCACAUAUAUGGGCAUGGAGUUUCUUUUUCUCGAACGCUAUGGGCACAGAGUGUAGCUAGGCAUUGUUGAUUCAGGUGCAACAAAAAUAUUGUUUUGCUCUCUGAACCUAUUUGCCCUUGUUUUUGUUAU